UCUAUCGACUCGUAAGAAAAUAACUCAACAAGAAACGAUAUCUGAGACUUUGUUCUGCACACUUUUGACACCCAUCCCAUCCCUUCCUCGGGAAUAGUGAGUCUUGACCGCCGCCUAGCCGUGAUGUCCUCCGCGACGCCCGAACGACCCAGAUGUUUACCCAAUGACGGCACAUUCCGAAGCUUUGAUGCCGACUCUGAGAUUCCAAGACACGCCUCCAUCCUCGUCACUCGAUUCCCACCUGCCAUCUCUACAUUCAACAAGGCUGAAGAUUGUUUGGGCUUCUACAGUGGUCCCACAUCUAUUGCGUACUCGUUUUUCUUGCUCAAGGACGACUUACCACCUUCGAUCGAAGGGAAAUCACCUAUAGAAUGGGCGAAAGCGUACCUUGAGACUGCGAAAGAGUUGUUGGAAACUUCCUUUGAUCCAAAACAUCAACUCCGAAAUGUAGGCACGUCUUUCUGCGGUAUCACAUGCGAGACACUUUGUCGAGCAUUGACAGAAGCCGUGGUGUACGAUGAUGCAGCCUUAUUGGAACCAUUGUUCCAGUAUGCUCCCGAGAUCAACGAGACGACCCCCAGUACACUUGACGAAUGGGUCCUUGGACGAGCUGGAUACCUAUACAAUCUUCGAGCUGCUGCUCAUUACUUCCCUUCGAUAUCCAGUAAGACCCAACCUAUCAUCAAGAAGGUUGUGGAAUCCAUGUUGGAACACGCGCCAGAUUCAAAAGAGCCUUGGAAAUUUGCUGGAGAUUAUUACCUUGGAACAGCUCACGGCUGGAUCGGGAAUUUGACGGCGAUUCUCUUAUCGGAUCCUUCGCCAGAACGCGCAAAGCAACUCAGACCGUACUUUGUCGAUAUCCUCCGUCAACAACUUCCGAAUGGGAAUUGGAGAGGGUUCGCCGAUAUCCACGUCGUCAAUCCUGAGAAACCAAAAGAGAAUAGAGAAGUUUGGAUCCAAUUUGGACAUGGGGGACCUGGGUUCGUCUGCUCCUUCCUGGCCAUUCGACACCUGUACGAAGGGGAUGAAGAGUUCCUCAGAAUGGUGGAUGAGGCGGUCAACAGGGCUCAAGAUUGUAUUUGGCAGCGGGCAUAUCUCACGAAAGAAAGUUCCAUCCUUCAUGGUGCAGCUGGAAAUUCGCUCGCUCUAUUAGACCAAAAACAGAAAGAAACGCUAUUGGCUGUCUCAACGCAGGAGGAAGUCGACAAGGCGAAUGAGGCUGGCACCCACGAGCCUAGUAACAGUAGCUCGGGUCUUCACCGAGGUCUGGCAGGAAGAAUAUGGGCAAUGGUUCAGUACAAAAAGGGUCAGAGCGGCGUCUUUCCGACUUACAACGACCUAUGAGAUGCCGACGGGGGCGGAGAGGUUGAGCAAUUAGAGUAGUAGUACAUCGGGCAUGUAUAGGUCAGGGACGCAUAUGAGUUUUCAG